AAAUCAAGACAAAAAUAUUGAUUCAUUACAAUUAUCAUCAUCAUCAUCAAACAUUCAAAAUGACCAAGCUAAAUUAAAUAAUCAUCACAACGAGAGAACAUUGAAGCAACCAUCGGCUACAACAUCAUACGACAUUUAUGGAGAAAAAUCACAACAUGUAGAUUUUCGCGGUGAAAUAAUGAAACUUCGAUCUGGUUGUGAUACGGUAUCUUCCAAUGUUCCAUCAACACGAAAUGUUCGAAGACCCCAACGACUGUCACAAGCAAAACCUUCUGUCAAACAUGUUCCAGCAAAACCUAAGCCACCGAUUAAAAUAAACAAAUCAACACCCCCCAAAAAAUCCAAGUCCACGAGGAAAACCAAAAAAGAAACUGACAACAAGAAUAAUCAAGAUAAUAAAGUUGAUACUGAUCUCGAUUUAUCCACUGUAACUAUUCAAAAAGCGAAUGCAUUUGAUAAAAUUCAUAAAAAUUAUGCAAAAAUCAAUCUUUAUGUAAAAAAAUUGGCAAAAUCUUGUGAUGUCAAUCUAGAACCAAUGAUUCAAGAAGUUGAUGAUUCUAAUUUUUCAAAGGAAAACAAAACGAAUGAGCCACCCAAAUGUCAAGAAGCUUUUUUGCCUGAAAAAAUUGAUCAAAGUCGAUAUUUAUUUCAAAAAAAUCAAUCCAUACGAAUUGGUCAAUGUUUCGAUAAAAUUUUUGAAUCAACUUCAAAAUCGAAAAUAAAUUCGAAGAAAAUAUUUCAAAAUCAUGGUGAUCCAUUCGGUAUUGUUAAAUUUAUAUACGAUGAAUUGGAUAAAAGUGAAACAAGUCAAGACUUACACAGCUGUAUAUGUAAAUUUAGUCAAUUGAUCGAAAUAUUUGUCCAACAAGCUCGUAUUGAUCAAAUUUUUACUACUACCAAUAAUAUGUUUAUCAAUGAUACAGGAAUUCUAGAAAGAUAUAUAAAUUUAUUCCUAAACGAGAUGAUUCAAGUCAAUCAUUCGAAAGAAAAUUUAUUGAACAAUUCAGCCAUUCCAUUUAUAUUUGUAUUGUUGGUACAAAAAAUUGCCAUACAUAAUUUGAAAAAUUCAACAACAAUCAAUUCAAUUGCUAUUGAACUGAUCGAUUCAAUUCCAUAUCAUUUUUGUAUUCUAUUACAAAAUCCAACGAUUCAAUCAAAAUCACAGUUACAAAGCCAAUUGUUAGCCAUAUUGAUUAUGGGCAUAAUUGAAAUUUUCGAUAUAUUUGAUCAUGAUCUUGAAAAAUUUGCACAACUUUUAGAAACUAUUCUAAUAUGUCAAGUAAAAUGUAUGGAUUUAUUGAAUCAAUUUUGUUGUUGGCCCAAUCAAAAUCAAUAUUAUGAACAAAAUGAUGAUGAUGAUGACGAAAAUAGCUAUAGAAUUAUGGAAUUAUUACUAUCUCAAUUGUAUAGUUUGCUUUCAUUGAAAAGCGUAUAUCGUCUUCAUCUAAAAUUAGGCACGAAUUCCAGUGUGCAAACAAAAUUUAUCAAUUAUGGUCGUUUGUUCAAAAUUGAGGAUUAUUUUCGUAAAUUAUUUGAACAAGUUUUUCAUCAAUUUUCAUCAUCCAAAUCAUCAUCCGAUAAUAUGUUCUGCUAUUUUUUUCAAUAUAUUUUUCGUUGGCAUAAUUCCAAUAUUUUAGAUGAAUGUAUUGAAAAAUAUUUCACUGAUGAAUCAAUGAAAGCUAAUAAGAUUAUCUGUGUUAUCGAUACAUUUUCUCAGCUAAUGUUGAUGAUGCCAUAUGAAAAGUGUAAAAAAACUGGCCAACAUUUACAUUUAUUCUGGUUAUUAUUUAUAUUGAUCAAAAUAAAAAAUGGACUAUUAAAACCUGACGAAUCUAUUGAUUCCAGUCGAAUUCGUCAUAAUUUUAAACAAGCGAUCGAACCAAUAGCAAAUAUUGUUUGGCGUGAACUACCAUAUGGUUCUCUAUAUUAUCUGGCUCAUUUUUUUCUUGCCUAUGCUAAAAAUUUUGGCAUAGAUUCGUUCACAAUUGAUCUUUGUAAAUCAAUGAUGAACAUACCGAAAAUAGAUAUGGAGUUUCAAAUGGCAAUUCAACCUUUAGUUUUUUAUGAAUACGCCGAAUAAUAUUCACCAUCAUCAUGGCGUUAUGGAUGGAUUUUUCAUCUUUUAUCCCAAUUUUUAAUGUUAUAUCAUGAAAAU